CGCAAGAGCGGGCAAACGCCCGAGUCAUUACGCGGGAAUGGUUUCUUUGAUAAAUGAUCUCAAAAAACAUAACUCAUCGUGGCCGUUUCAAAAGCCAGUAGAUCCAGAAGAGGUGCCUGACUAUUAUACUGUCAUUACGAACCCUAUGGACUUGUCCACUAUUGAUCGCAAGAUAAAAGCAAACAGUUACAAAACAAUCGAGGACUUUGAAGAUGAUGUGCGGAGAAUAUUCGCCAAUUGUAGAGUGUACAACGCAGAGGGGACUUCUUAUGUUAAGAUCUACACUUUUCUCACUCGUGGCAAAUCAAGUGUGCAAGCAGAUUAG